GUCUGGGAAAGCAGUGCACUAUAAUAUGCAGAACAUAGCAAUAAUAAUAUUCGUCGCUUGGCUGAGCUUAACGCUGGCACAGGAUAAUAAUGCAACGCAAACUGAAGCUGACUCAGAUACGCUGGAUGGUCGCAUCGUGGGCGGCUGGGACACCAAAAUCGCACACUUUCCGCAUCAGAUCUCGCUGCAGCUAAAUAAAAAGCAUAUUUGCGGUGGCGUCAUUGUCGCUCCUCAUUUAAUUCUAACUGCCGCGCAUUGCGUAUUAAAGCACACGCAACCAGAACUUUAUGCCAUACGUGCUGGAUCUUCGUUUUGGGAAAGCGGUGGCAGCUAUGUGCGCAUCAAGCGGAUCAUACCCCACGAGCACUUCAAUCUGCCCACGCAUAUGAAUAAUGACAUUGCAUUGCUUCUGCUGCAGCGGCCGCUUGUCUACAGUCGCGAUAUACAGGCGAUACAGCUGGUGCACCCAACGGACUAUGUUGCACCACAUGCACAGCUCUUUGUCAGCGGCUGGGGCUCAACGAAUGCUCAGCAGAUAACCACUGCAACUCGUCUGCAUUAUACGGCGCUGGUGGAGCUGGAUCAUCCAAGUUGCACGCAUAAUUAUGUUGGCUCUGGUGUGGUAACCGCCACGAUGUUUUGUGCCGGCAGCCGUACUGGAUUGGGUGAUCGGGAUAGCUGCUUAGGUGAUUCGGGUGGCCCGCUAGUCACUAACGUCGAGGGACACUUCAAGCUGCUGGGCAUUGUGUCCUGGGGUCUCGGCUGUGCCAGUGCUCAAUAUCCAGGCGUUUAUACGCAAGUGUCUGCUUAUGGCGACUGGUUGACACACCUAUCUCAGAGUCUAUUCUAAUUUCAAUUGAUGCA